CAGACGCACGAAUUGCAGUCUGCAACAGCUUAGAUUAGGUUGCACAACAGUGGCAAAAACGACGGCUUAAGAAAUGCUGCUCGUAUCAUUCUUCUUCGCGUGUAGUCUCAUCUUCCCGGGGAGUUCGUCGCGCUGUCCAGAAUCGAAGAAACCACAUCUUACGAGUUGCACGAUUUUUUAUACUUGCGUGAAUUUGCCUGGCGACGGCUACGUAUGGAUACCGUCGAAAUGUACCGAAGGCUUGAUAUUUCAACCGUAUUUACGGAUGUGCGUAGUUCCUGGUGAUACCUGGACGUGCGAUUCGACUGAGCAUACUCUCGUGACGAACAAAUACGAUACAUCCGCUGCACUUGUCGGAUAUCCAACGGAGGCUACGAGCUACUCGGGAUAUACGCAGGAUCCAUUCUCUAAAAUAAUCGACUCGUCUUACGUGAUCGAUCAUUUUCCUGAUUCAACGGCCGAAGUAGGAACCGCGUACCCUUUGAUCGAGUUUGACGAAUCGAACGUGACUACGCGCGCUGAUAAGGACGUGAAAAAUAUAUCGUAUCAUAAGAAGAAUGAUUUGAACGAGCAUUAUACAAAUAGGCAAGCACUGUUGCCUCUAAUGAAAGAAUAUAAAAAUAUUAUAGAUAGUCAUUACAAGUGUUUAAACGAAUUGAUUAAUCGGUUGUACAAUUACAAGAACUCAAUAUCAAGCUUAGAAUCUGUUAAAGAUAUUACGACCGGAAAGCCGACUAAGACUAUCGCCAUCUUUACAUCCAAUACGCAACAAAACAUAACGCUAAAUUAUCUCAUGCAAAGUUAUGAAACCGGAGAAAACACAAGGUUACAUAACAGCAAACCAAUCGAAAUGAAAGAAGGCAAUAGCGCGUCGACUCUGGAUAAUGCCGUUUCGACAGAGAGCACUUUGCAGUUAUUAAUCGAUAGUCUGGAUUCCGACAACAACAUAAUAGGGGUUAGCGAUAAUUUCGGGAACAAACAAUACUUGACGAUCGACCGAUACAAGACCGUAGCUUCUCGAUUAACAUUGCGAUUUAUUAACGUCGUAGCAUGUACGAGAAACAUUCGUAUGCCAAACAUAACCGAUUGUAACAGAUAUUAUACGUGCGAUCCGAAAACGGCCAACGUAGUAGAGUUCUCGUGUCCCCUACACACGGCUUUUAACGUGUACUCGCGAAUCUGCGAUAUCGAGAACGCGAAAACGUGCGGAAACAAACUUUCGGUAGAUGAGAUAUUCGUCGAGGAUCGUGAAAACGCAACGACGCGUUCUAAACACGUAGAAUUAUCAAAGGAAGAGAGAUUGUGUCAGGAACUCGGUAAAAUAAAGGAUCCCGUUUCUGAUUCUCAUUAUUACAUUUGUUAUAGCACGCCAGGAUCCGAAAACAUCGAAUCGAUUCGAAUGAGUUGUCCAAAUGCUUUGAUAUUUUGUCAAAGCAAGAGAGUGUGCACUACUAGACGAUUGUGUGAGGUGUCGCGAUAAUGACGAAUUGUAUGUAAAGCGCGUGCACGUUUUUCUUUUCUUUUUUUCUUUUCUUUUCUUUUCUUUUCCUUUCCUUUCCUUUCCUUUACCUUGAGUGGGCGAAUUGAAGGCCGAUCCUAUUUCCGACGACGUGUCCGUGCUCGACGAACUGUGAGCCGGCGAGGUUUGAAUUCGCAGCGGUGUAGCAUAAUCCAGAGCGCACAUCACUACUUUCUCCAUUCCGCUGAAAUCGAGGGUGAACCGCCGCGUUAUAUAUGUAUGCACGUGUAAUAUACUCUGAUUUCGGAACAACUCUUUUUAGAACAUAGAGAAAUAAAGUAUUAUUAGUUACCAUUGUAAAAAAAUUAAUGAGAUAUUAAUGAGU